CACUUGUAUACACACAUGUUCAUUCCAAUCGACCACAAUGCCGCAAAUUCCUAGCUUCGACAACCUCACUCUUGACCCCGCCGGGCCUCCGGGAAACGCAUGGGGUCUCUUCGGCCGCGACAACGACCUCGGCAUGCUCAACCUGCUGACGCCGGAGACCGUCCGACGUGCCGCUGCGGAGGAGGUUCGCGACGGGGUGCGCUUCUCGCUGGACCUGCCACUGGAUCGCAUCAAGAGCCCGAGUUUCGGGCGCAAGGCGUUUGCAAGGGAGUUUGUGAACAGGGCCCCGAGAAGCGUCAACGAUGAUGUUUUGAUAUUUAAUACUCAGACGAGUAGCCAGUGGGAUGGGUUCCGACACUACGGCAAUCAAAAACACCAGUGCUACUUCAAUGGUAACAAACUAGAGGACCUACAGACUUCGCCGGUCAUUGGUAUAGAUUCCUGGGUCCAAAAAGGCGGCAUCGUCGGCCGCGGCAUCCUCAUCGAUUACGCCACCUGGGCAGCCCAGCACUCCAUCCCUCUCACACCGUUCACCACCAGCACGAUCCCACUCUCCGCCCUGCAACAGAUCAUCCAAGAGACGAACAUCCAGACCCGUCCGGGCGACAUCCUCUUCAUCCGCACGGGGUUCACAGCCGCGUACGACGCACUCUCGGCGGACGAAGAAACGGCCCUCGCGCAGCGCGAGACGGCCGACUUCUGCGGCGUCGAGAACGGCGAGACCACGCUGCGCUGGCUGUGGGAGAACCAGUUCGCCGCGAUCGCCAGCGACUCGCCGAGUUUCGAGCCCUCGCCGAUUCUGCACGCGAAUGCGCCGCUCAACUUUACGCUGCAUCAGUGGUGUCUGGCGGGCUGGGGGAUGCCGAUUGGAGAGUACUUCGAUCUCGAGGAGUUGGCACGGUAUUGUAGGGAGAAAGGUCGUUGGUCGUUCUUCUUGUCGAGUGUGCCGCUUAAGGUACCUGGUGGAGUCGCGAGUCCGCCUAAUGCGGUGGCUAUUCUAUGAUCUAGAUUUAGGUAUACGAAAGGGGAAGAUGAAGGGGAGAUGAAGGGAAAGUGAGAAGAAAGUGAGAGGGUGAGGGGAGUAAAUACUCGCUACGCUACAGAAGAAAG